UUAACUACUCGCUGCCGUGCCCGGUUCUCGCCAUAUCGCCAUAGACAUCAAACGGGUAUAGACGAACAAAAGCUUGUGCAGUGCAAACGUUCAUAUUUAAUACAUUAAUAACGUUUGUGUGGCUGUGUUUGUUAAGUGUUGACAAAUAAGAAAUCACAAACCAUGAAGUUCCUCGUCGGAUUAUUUGUUGCAUCUUUAGCUGUGGGCGGUGUGCUGUGUCUACCGGCCGGCUCACCAAGCGAUGAUGCGGAGGUGAUUAAUGUGCCGCGUCGCCAUUCAACUGACGAUUCGGAUGAAAGCUCAGCUGGGGAACCUGAUUUCAAAGAUUUCAGGGGCGUCAUCGAUACUGGUGUGGGCUAUCCAUUCCUGCAGCCACAUCCGUUGCCGUUCUCCUUCAAUUUGGGUUUCUUCGAUGCUUUUGAGGAUAUUUUCCGUCGCCUAAGCAGCCAAAUUUGGCCAUCAACCGACGAAUUGGGCGCCUUCGACACCUCGAAAGGCAACACAACUUCAACUGUGAAGGUUGUCGAUGGUCAUAAGGUCGAAGUAAAUGAAACCGUUUAUGGAGAUGGUGAUAAUCUCUUCAAGGUGCGUUUGGUCAACAUUCGUCCGCUCGAGUCGGGCGAAGACGUUGCCGAGACACCGGACGCCAAGGCUGGAAAUCCUGUAACAUCCGCACCGAACAAACAGGAUGACGAGAGCGAAUCGGAUGAACGUCGCGAACCGUUGGAGAAGAACUCUUAUGAGAAUGAGAUCAAACACAACAUCGACGAUCCCGAGGUAAAACCACUAGCGCAACUCAUACAAGACACAAUGUUGCCAAUAACAAAUGAGAACAAUGCCGCCAACUUAAAUGCUGCAUUUGUUACAGACAAUAGUCUUGAAGCGGCAGCUGGCAAAGGAAGCGCUGAACAGAGUUCGGAAGAAGAAAUCGCCGAGGUAGUUGAAAUAGACGGAAAUAUCGAAGCGGAAACCAAUAAGUCUGUUAACAACAGCGAGAUAAAAGCCGGCAUGGAAAACCUCGAAAAUACUACAAUUGCUGUGGAGGAGCUAACAACAACAACGACAACAGCAGCAACACCAACGACACAGGAUGCUGUUGAGGACGAAGCGCUUACAAUUGAAAAUAAUGAGGAAACGGCAGCGAAUAACAGCCCAAAUGAGUCAUCAAAUACUGAUGAUGAUGCCACAGCGGCAGAAGCAGCAGCAACUGAAGCCGUAGUCGUAUCAGCCGAUGAUGAUGCAACUAACGUUGAAGAGGACACCGCCGCCAACGAGUCAACCACUGAGACUGCGGAUGAUUUGCGUGCUGAAUUGGAUGAGGAAAAUAUUAACGAAACAGCUAGUGGUAAAACAGCCGGAAUCGAUGAAGUAACUGAGCUGACGAAAUCUGCUGAUGAUUCGGCUGAGUGGUUGGGUGAAGAUGCGGCUGUGGCUGCGCCGUCUGACGCCGGCAUUGAUGAAGUUGACAACGAACCAAAUGAGAAACGUUACGCAAAUUACGCAAACAACAAGAAUCGUGAAGAUCUCUCAUCAUCCGAUGACGAAGCGGAGGGCGACGAAGUGGAGAUGAAUCCCGGUUUCGACUCGGAGUGGGGUGACUUGAAGGCAGAUCUGGCGCGCGCAUCCAGUGAACAAAAUGAUUUGAGCAACGACAUUGAUGCCUACGAUGCGGUGCCGGUGGAUUUGUCCAAUGACAUUGCCGUCAAUGAUAUAGCAGCGCAGAAUCCCGAUUUGGCCGUAAAUCCCGAUGCUGAAGUAUUCGAUGUGAAUGCUUUGAAGAAUCCCGGCGCCGUGCCGAUGUUUGAAAAACUGACCAUUUCGGAGCCGGCCAGCCCUGCCAAAUAGGUAGUUUGCGCCCUUGGGUCGCAGCCUAAAUUAGUGUUAUGCAUAUCUAGUGCCAAGCUUUCAGCAGUACAUUUAAAUUGGCUGUUGCGAAAAUUUGCGAGAUUUUUAGUUUAAGUUUAAAGCUUUAGCAAACUAUUUACGAAUUUUGUAUAAGACUUCCCGCUGUUAGGACGCCGCAAUGCACUCGUGCGCCGUGUGGUUCACCGCAGCGCUCGGUUAAUAUGAGUCAUGCUCCAAGAUUUCUAAGCAGAUCUAAAUAUAUUGUAUUUUAUUGGUAUCUAAUUAAGUAAAAAUGUGCAUUGGUGCAGUCAAAGCUUUAUGAGAGUAUAUGUAAGCAUUAUUUAGUAUUCCGCGUAAUUAUUUGUAUGAAUUCUGAUGAAAUCUGUAUUUACAAGUCUUGCAAAAUGCCUUAAUAUAAUACUCAUCACCUGUUGCAUAUUCUAUAUAUUUUAUAACAGUUACUUAUAUACAUCACAGCGCAUUUAAAAUAAUUGUUUACACUUGUUUCAACUAAAAAGACUAAAAGAAAGCUUCAUACA